AUGAUUCCACUGGGCUCUCUCGGCAUGCUCCCACUGCUGUCCCUGUGUGUGGGGGCCGUGUUGUCCCCCCCGGAUGCACCCCCCGCCUGUUCCCACCCCCCUUGCAGGGACAAUCUGGUGGCCGCUCCGCCUGCGAGGACAGGGUCAGGGGGGUGUGAGGGGAGCCCCGGGACGGCAGGCUGCAGGGUAGUGGUCGCCCCCCUGGCUGCCUCCAACCCCCCUCUGAGGGAGGAACACAGACAAGAAGUCCGACAGGUCCAGCUCGAGGUGAGUGACAUCACCAGGUCAAUCUGAGGUCAUUUCCUGUGCUUUUCCCAAUAGAAUGAGUGAUGUAUUGAUAUAACUGACUCAGGUAUUGUACACACCAAACAAUGAUCAUUCUGAGCUGGGUGGUACAGAGGAAGGCCUGGACAAUGUUUGUUCUGUAUGGGUGAUUAGAUAAUGCGGGGGAAGAGUCUCUGAGUCUGACACACCAUGUCCCUCUGGUUUCUGUGGUGGGUGGUAAAGUUUAGGCUGCUGAAACAGUGACUAUGGACAUAAUGUCACUCAGCCAAUUGAAAUGGAAUUGAGCCCAACUCUGUAGCAUAGUGGCAUAGAUACCUAGUGGGUACUCACUGGUUGAGUCAACGUUUCCACGUAAUUUCAAUGAAAUUAUGUUGAACCAAUGUGAAAUAGACGUUGAACUGACGUCUGUGCCCAGUGGGUAGUGUCUGGUGUCUUAAGCAUUAGUGUCAGUGGUAUAGUAUGUGGAGAGUGGGCAACAGGUCCCUACUCUGGGGAUAAGGGGCACUCUCCACUUUGUACCACUUGACAGACGCUUUCCAGGGAUAACAAUCAAAGGGAGUAAAAUUAGGGUUGGGUUUAUAAAUGUCCUCAUCAUAUGGCUUUGCUGAGCUCAUGCAAUGACAGGUGUUUCACUGACAUGGCUAGGAGGAAUGUAAGUGUGACUGAGUGAUUGAGUCUGUGGCAGUCAUCUACUUUGCAUGCCUUAGUGUCAGUUUGUGUUUGUGUGAUGUGACUGUAAAUGCUGGUACGUGCUUGUGUGUGUGUGUCAUGUCAUGACUGUAAUGCUGUGUGUGGUCUCUGCAGGCAUGGGAUGUGUCGGAGCGUCUGGUCCAGUUGCAGCGCUGUUUGCAUUCCCUCCAGGAGCCGGGGGCCCCCAGGGGCCAGGGAGGGGACACGCUGGGGGCCAUUCUGGCUCUGAUGGCUGCAGUGCUGACAGAGUGUGACCUCCACUGUCACAGCCAGGCCCUCAGGGCUAUGGCCAGACGACUGGGUGAGGAGCAUGGCGAACACACACACACAUAUACACACACAUACACACUGAUGCACACAUUGUUACUACUUAUCUUCUCUCUUUCUGUGUAUCCUCCUGUUCAAUCUCUUGAUCUCUCUCUACACAAACACUCAACACCCACACAAUGACGGUGUCUCUGCUAUCUCUUAAGAGGGCCACACACACACACAGUAAACAAAGCCUUAGUGAGGCCUGCUCUGUGUCGGUCAGAGGUGAGUGCACAGGAAUGCAAGGCUCUGUUUGGGAUGAGUAAGGCCGAUAGAAAGCUCAGCGGUAUAUCACAACCCAGUGCACAACUCUUGAACCUUCACAAAACCACCAUAUAACUACUACAGCAGAUCAGAAGAUAACUGCUAUAUAUAACUACAGUGGGAUGGGUCCUCAAUCUCACACAACCUCUUCUUUUUUUAUGUGUUUAGAGGGGGCAGCGGUUGGGAGAGAGGGAGUGAAAGACCUGCUACUACUAUUGAGAAGCAUCACACAACACCCUCCAACAGGUGAGAGCAGUGUGUGUACUCUGUGUUGUGUACUCUGUGUUUGUGUAUGUAUGCUUGUGUGUACUUGAGUGCAUGUGUGCGCAUGUGCGUACAGAAUAUACAGAUGUAAGAGCGCAAGUGUGUGUGUGUGUUGCAGUGGCCCCCUCAGCGAGGCUGCAUCCUCAGGACUGUGCUGAGAUCUAUCGUUUGGGGAUCAAAGAGAACGGAAUCUUCACCAUCCAGCCUGACCCACGCAGACCUGCAGUCGACGUACCUCCUAAUACUUACACACACAAAAUGCAAACAACCUGUUUACAGUAUGUGUGUUAUGCACCAUCUGUAGAGCUUGGAGGGGAGAGAAAAAACAGACAAGGAGGGAGCUGAUGUUACAGAUUACAGUAGUAAAGUAGCCUUGCUUGUGCAAGCCAGAAUGGCUCAUAGGAGCAGGAGCCUAUCUCCUGUUUCUGUAGCGUGAGGCAGCUUCCCUGGACAGGACGCUAGUCUAUCGCAGGGCCUUACCCCAAAUCUAUCUCCUUAAUGCUGAGUGCCAAGCAGAGACGCACCGGGUUCCAUUUUUACAGUCUUUGGUAUGACUCGGCUGGGGAUGGAACUCCGAACCUUCCAAUCUCAGGGCGAACACUCAAACCACAAGGCCACUGAUUACAGUAAAAUGUCUCAAUGCGUUGCAUACUGUAUCUCAAUAAUCACCCCCUAUAUCCUCUCUACUAUUGGCAAUGGUCAAGGAAACCUCAUCAUUAUUGUGUCGGAUGUCCAAGAGUUGUGACCUUUGCCCCUCCCCAGGCAGAGUGUGACAUGGAGACGGCAGGCGGAGGGUGGACGAUGUUCCAGCGACGGAGAGAUGGCUCUGUGGACUUCAAUCGGACGUGGCAGGAGUACCGUGAGGGUUUUGGUUCCCCACAGGGAGAACACUGGCUGGGGAACGCAGAGCUGCAUGCUCUUACCAACACUGGUCAACACCUGCUGCAUAUUCAACUGGAGGACUGGCACAAGCAGAAGCGCCAAGCCACCUACAACACAUUUAGAGUGGCAGCAGAGGCACAGAAGUAAUGGAAACAUACAAACACACAGACAGAUAGGAAGACUAAGAUAUACAGUGUAUAUUAUACACAAAUUAAAGAGAUUGUUCACCUCAAAAUCAAAGAUUGUCAAAUAUAUAUAUUUUUUUUACAAAAGUGGUAUAAUGUCGAGAUCAGUUCAGGUCCCACGGCAUCUGAAUGGGAGGAUAGGCACAGCCUGAAAUUAGACGUUGACUAUCUUUCCCAUUCAUUUGGAAUUAAGGCAUGUAUCUGGAUCUACACAACUGGUGGAGUAUGACGUGGACUCAUCUCAACAUUAGACCUCUUUUGACAUAAAAAAACAUAGGACAAACUUUGAUUUUGGAGUGAACAUAAUAUCUCUUUAACAACAUAGUACACCAUCACUCACUACUCAUGGUGUUAUGCUGUGUUCAUAACCAAGUGGGAAGGUGGCAAUUUCCAGUUGUGAAGUAGUAAAUAUGAGUUUGAUGCAUUCAUGUGCUUUGAACUCGUUGAGAUAAGCCGAUUGGCUAAUGGCAAACAAGUUGCGUCAACCAUAAACUAAAAGUACAGCUAUCGUGCUCGCAAACAAAUUAUAGUGUUCAAAAACACUUUUAAUAGAUUUUUAUAAAUAAUAUUUUGUUGUUGAAUUUAACUGCCGAAAAUCCUGUUAUCGAGGUCAUUUCCAUAGUAGGUGACGUCAGAGGUCAGUAUGUGGGAGAAGUCGGAGAUCAGGGAUGAUAGACGAGUGUCCCACUAGUAAUUACCAGUUAGAAGGGCGUUCAAGUGGAUUUGUCCUAGUCAUAUGUGGUAAAUACCACCUUCCCACUUGGUUAUGAACGCUGGGUAAAUGCUGUAUCUCCUUCUCCCAGGUACCGUCUGACAGCACGGGAGUUCCCUGGUGACGCGGGCAACGCCCUGAGCUACAGCAAACGCUACAACCACGACGGCCGAGCGUUCAGCACCAACGACCGUGACCACGACCGCUACACCUCGGGGAACUGUGCACAGUACUACGGUGCGGGCUGGUGGUUCGACGCCUGCCUGGCGGCUAACCCGAAUGGACGGUACUACCGCGGGCGUUACAGCGGGCUGACCAACGGCAUUUACUGGGGCACCUGGUACAUCCUGACAGACAGCCGCAGUGGAGAGCGCUACUCCUUUAAGAGUGUGGAGAUGAAGACACGCCCACGCAACUUCUAA